GGGACUCCCUGCGAGCCCGACAGCAAGGGUGGCUGCACGUUGGCAAACCCAAGCUUGUUUUACGAAGGACCUGCGGGUCCGUGCCUUCUCCAUAGAUGUCUUGUCUGAGUCAAGUCAUUGGGAGCAUUGGGCACCAGCCCAUCGUAGCCAGCACUAUUUCUGCUGCGUAUGAACAAAACAGAGCAAGCGCACCUGGAGGGCUUUGUCGGAACACAAUCCACCAAAAUCUACGAUCUUCCAGACUUUGCUCCCAUUUUCUAGGGACUGUGGGCUCCUUCCCACGGCCGACUGGGUACCGAGGAAAGAAUCUCUCACAUCCCAAAAGGAACAUCAUUGAGGCAACGGCUGUAGCCCCAAGGAUGGCUGAAACCAAGCCUGUGCUUAUUUCAGAAGCUCCUGAGUGGCAGGACCUGAAGAAGCACGUUGCUGAAAUCAGCGACGCGGAGCAUGACCUUCGGCAUCUUCUCGUGGACGAAGAGCGUUGCAAGGGCAUGAUCAAGGAGUACGAUGGCAUCAUUCUGGACUACUCCAGGCAGAAGGCUACAACGGAGACCAUGAAGAAGCUGUUCAAGCUCGCAGAAGCUGCCAAACUGAAGGAGAAGAUUGACAAAAUGUUCAAGGGCGAGCAUAUCAACACAACCGAAGACAGAGCGGUGCUGCACGUGGCGCUUAGAGCUCCUCGUGACAAGGUGAUCACCAGCGAUGGCAAGAACGUGGUGGAGGAUGUCUGGGCUGUCCUGGACAAGAUCAAGGCCUUCUCCGACAAAGUCCGGAAUGGUGAAUGGAAAGGUGCUACAGGGAAGCCUCUGACAGAUGUGGUGGCCAUUGGGAUUGGUGGCAGCUUCCUCGGCCCCCUCUUCGUCCACACUGCCCUGAGGACAGAGCCUCACACUGCGACAGCUGCCAAGGGCCGCCGCCUGCGCUUCCUGGCAAAUGUGGACCCAAUAGACGUUGCCAACGCCCUGCAAGGCCUGAAGCAGGAGACAACACUUGUGGUCGUGGUGUCAAAGACUUUCACCACAGCGGAGACGAUGCUCAACGCACGCACAGUCAGGACCUGGCUCACUUCUGCCCUGGGGGACGACGCUGUUGCUAAGCACGUGGUGGCAGUCAGCACCAACCUCAAGCUAGUCAAGGAAUUUGGCAUCGACCCUGAGAACGCCUUUGCUUUCUGGGACUGGGUUGGCGGUCGUUACAGUGUGACCAGUGCCGUUGGAGUGGUCCCGCUGUCUCUGCAAUACGGCUUUGACAACGUCCAGAAGUUCCUCGAGGGAGCCUGGUCAGUGGAUGAGCACUUCCAUACUGCACCUUUGGAAGAAAAUCUACCGGUGCUGACCGGCCUCCUCAGCGUGUGGAACAACACGUUCCUGGGGUGUCCUGCGCGGGCUAUCCUGCCGUACUGCCAGGCACUCUCCAAGUUGGCUCCCCAUAUUCAGCAGGUGAGCAUGGAGAGCAACGGCAAGGGCGUGUCCAUUGACGGGCUGCCGCUGCCGUACGCGGUGGGUGAGGUCGACUUCGGCGAGCCGGGCACCAACGGGCAGCACAGCUUCUACCAGCUCAUCCACCAGGGCCGCAUCAUCCCCUGCGACUUCAUUGGUAUCAUCAAGAGCCAGCAGUCCGUCUACCUUAAAGACGAGAUUGUGAGCAACCACGACGAGUUGAUGUGCAACUUCUUUGCGCAGGCUGAUGCACUGGCAUACGGGAAGACUGAGGAGGAGGUUAGGAGCGAAGGCGUGGCCGAGAAGCUGGUUCCCCACAAGAAAUUCACCGGAAACCGGCCGUCUUUGAGCAUCCUACUGCCCAACCUCACUCCCUACACUGUUGGCCAGCUGCUGGCGCUGUACGAGAACCGCGUGGCGACCCAGGGCUUUGUGUGGGGGAUCAACAGCUUCGACCAGUGGGGCGUGGAGCUGGGCAAGGUGCUAGCCAAGCAGGUCCGGUCUACCAUGAACGCCGCCAGGACGGAGGGCAAGCAGAUCACUGGCUUCAACUACUCAACCACAUACCUCCUGAAAAAGUACUUGGAGGGCAAGACGCAGCUCUUGUAUCCCGAACCGAAGGACGUGUUCCCGUCGGACAUCCUUGCAAGUGCUGAGUCUCAUCCGGUUCCAGAUGCGGUUGACGAACCUUCAAACUAGGUUGCGUCCAUCAGGAGAAUCUGCUCGGUGGUGCAAGUGCCCCAGGUUGUGUUCCGGUUAACCAAGACGACUUUGCAGCGAGUGCACAUGCUGCCACUAGCUCUCCUCUCAAUUUGUGGAUGAAGUUUGUUGCAAACAUCUGGAAAAGUGCGUCAUGGUUUUCCAGAAACGGUGAGUAUUCUGGAUAAACUUGAAGCACGACAUAUGCUGCACAUUUGCUCGUGUUUUUAAAGAGGUCAUGCGUUAAGUCCGCCACCACCUAGGCCCGCUAGAAUCCGUGGAAGGAGAACGUGCCUAAAUCCGGACUAUUCGAAACCCCCACCAUUUUGUACCCAGGACUGCGCACAGUAUGUAGGUAGCUUCUCCCGGCCACGCUGGCAUGAGGACCAGCACUUCCCCGGUAUACCUCCCGCAGACCACAGCCG